AGUAUUAAUUGACGUGAAGGUUUCGAUGUUAAACCUCAAUUAACAUUAGCGGUAUUGUUCUUAUAAUUUAUAAUAAGCAGUAUAUAAAUAAGGUGUCCAUAUUACACCUUGAUUUUAAUUAAUUAGGCACGCUUCUGUGGCAGAAGAUUUUCGUUUACUUUGAUAGGAUUUUUACAUUUAACCAUGUGGAAAACUAGUCUUGGAUUUUUAGCAAUUUUAUUGAUUUCUCCUGCUGUUUCGGAGUACUGUGAGUACCUGGGGCAGAUCUAUAACAUCGGUGUGGAUUUUGCCAGUGGGGAUGGUUGUAAUACCUGCAAAUGCAUGCCGAGUACAAAGGUCGAGUGUUCCCAGUAUCCAUGCUAUCCGGGUUGUCAACAUAUGGGGAUAUCCUAUAAGCCUGGUGAUGUCUUCUCAAAAGGGGAUAGUUGUAAUGAAUGCACGUGUUUAGAAACCGGUGACAUAACCUGUACCGAUAACAAAUGUUUUACAGACUGUGUUACACCACAAGGCCAAAGAUUUAAAACUGGACAGUCCUAUCCAAAAGGAGAUGGUUGCAAUAGUUGCACCUGUACUGAUACCGGAGAUAUCAUGUGUUCUGAACACAGCUGUCUACCAUAUUGUCAACACAAUGGUAAACAUUACCCAGCUGGCAAGACCUUCCGCAAAGGGGAUGGAUGCAAUGAAUGUACCUGUAUGAACGAUGGAACCUACACAUGUUCAAAUGCACCUUGCUAUCCAGAUUGUCGAUACAAGGAAGAAUUUUUCGUCAAAGGUGCUGUUUUUGAAAAAGGGGACGGGUGUAAUACUUGCACAUGCUUGGCUGAUGGAACCGUUCAAUGCUCUGAGAAACAAUGUCAUAGAACCUGUAGCUAUAGAGGUGCUAUUUACAAAGCAGGGCAGAGUUUUAAGCCAGAUACCUGUAAUACAUGCUGGUGUAUGGUAGAUGGAUCAGUCAACUGCACAGAAAUGCAAUGUUAUCCAGAUUGUAUGUACAGAGGUAAGAAAUAUACAUCCGGGCAACAUUUCAACAAGGGAGAUAACUGUAAUACAUGUGUCUGUGCCAACACGGGUGACGUCAGGUGUACGGAAUUAAAUUGUGCUCAAGCUCCAGUUCCCACCUACAAUGUGUGAUGAAGAGAAGACUUUACAAUUAUUAACUUAUAUCAACAACUUUGUGGCUGACUUCACCAACACUUAUUGUUAGGAUCUAGUCUGAAGAAAGAAAGGAUUCUUUACAUAUAUAAUUCUGUAAAAAUGUGUUCAGUAAAUCAAACUAUUUACACAUA